AAGGGUCUCCCUGUAUACUUCAGGCUGGCCUGGAACUCAGCGAUCCUCCUGCCUCACCCUCCCGCCUGCUGGGGUUGCAGUUGUGUACCACCUGACUGAAUGUUUUUGGUAGACUCUUCAGAGAACAUCACACGAGCUGAAUUUAACCAGCUGUGGCCACUCGCCCCAUAACCGCACCUUAUGCUGGGAGACUGCGGCCAGAGGGUCACAGGUUCAAGCCCAGAGGCUGACAAGCGCUGGGGGAUUAGCUCCGCGUGCAGGCCGUGGUUCAGUCCCCAUGGCUGCAAGAGGGGAAAGGCCGCAGGAAUUCACAAAACUUAGCCGAUGCGGCGCAUGGAGAACAAGGACGGGAAGAGCCCUUCAGCUGCAGAUCCAGAUGCGGAAACUCGAGCUGCCCCGCGGCCCCUGUGUGUGAACCCCGGCAACCCUGUGUUCUCCUGCAUGUUGGACCCGAAGACGCUGCACACGGCCACCUCCCUGUCGCAGCCGCAGAUGAUAAUGUACAAGACCAGCGCAGGCCGAUACGGGGAGUUCUCCCCGCGGCCGCAGUUUCUGCCCUGCAAUUAUGCUCCCAAGGAACAGGUCUUUUCAAGACAUAUCAGAGCAACUGGACUUUAUCAGAACAACAGUCUAAAUACCGCACCGGACAGAACCAGAACCCUUGACUUCCCCAAUUUUCAACACACACUGUGAAAAUAUAUUCCUUUGACAAUUGAAGAGAAAGUGCCCAGAAAAAUGAGUUACCAAUUUAAGGCUAGAAUACCCAGGCUAAAAACACGUCUGAGUAAAUGAAAAUAUACCUCUAAGAAAUAAAGACAUUUCAUCUGA